AAAUACAUAGUAGUUAUUUCAUGCCCAUGGGUAACAAUUUAAAACUUGUCAAGUCAUUUUUUUCUGUGUGUUAGGAAAGCAAAUAUAAGCAGGAUGGGUGUCUUUGAAACUAUAUCCGUGUUGGAGGUGGCAGCAGUGGAGCCUACAGUCAAACUUAUCCAGGCGGCAUUGUACGCUCUUACCGUUCUACAUUUUGGUGCCAACAAUUACCCACCUCAAGCUACUGUAUGCGAUGGCGAGGAGUUUGACUUCAUUGUGGUUGGUGCGGGGUCAGCAGGGGCGGUGAUAGCCAACAGGCUCUCGGAGAUAAGCGAAUGGAAGAUCUUACUCAUAGAAGCAGGCGAUAACCCACCCAUUGACUCAUUGAUUCCUACCUUGGCGCCUUUCGUGGACCAUUCAAUGGCUGACUGGAACUACUACAGUGAAAAUGACGGAUAUUCUAGUCAAGCUCAUAAGACUAAGUCAAUCCAUCUAACACGGGGAAAAAUGCUUGGAGGGUCUAGUAGCGCGAACUACAUGUACUAUGUACGAGGAAAUAAAAAAGACUUCGCGAACUGGGUAGAAAUGGGAGGCGAUGGGUGGGAUUGGAAUAAUGUCACCUACUACUUCAAAAAGAGUGAAGGUCUUAGAAGCCUGGAGGUUUUAGAAACCGAGUCUGGUGAACUGCAUAAUACAGAUGGCCCUUUGGGUGUUACAAGACCGGUUUGGGAUAAUGGAACUGAAGAAUAUCUUCAAGCAUUCGGUGACGAACACAAAAUUCUUAUCGAUACGAACGGGUAUGAGCAGCUUGGAUACUCACUUCCUCAAUUCACAAUAGCUGAUAAUAAACGACAAAGUACUGCAGUGGCUUUUUUAAGACCGAUCAAGACACGAAAGAACCUAUUUGUUCUUAAAAAUACUUUAUGUACAAAAAUACUAUUCGAUGAAAAUCAGAAAGCUACUGGAGUAGAUGUAAAGCUGCCGAGUAAAAAAAAAUCAACUUGUAUGCUGCCAGAGAAGUAGUUCUUUCAGCCGGUUCAAUCAAUACCCCCCAGUUACUAAUGCUAUCAGGAAUCGGACCUCAAGACCUAUUAUUGAAACAUGGUAUAAAAGCACUCUUAGACUCUCCUUUAGUCGGU